AUACCAACAAUGUGUUGUUGCUGGGGCUAAGGAGUGACUGCCUGUAUCUGGGAGCAGGAAACGGAGGGGAGCUGAGGAGGAGAGAUGGGUGGGGAGGUAAGAACAGAGAAGUAAUUGUAUAUGUAAGAGUGAGGCAACCGUAGCAGAAGGGGCAGACGCAGGAGGAGAGCGAGACGGAGGGGGGAAAAGGAGAGACGCAUGUUGUCUUCGGGAUGGGGGCACCGGGAAAGGAGACGGAGAUGAAGGAAGCGCAGGAUGAGGACAUGAAUCUGAGUUUUGAUGCUUUGAAAGAGGAACCAGGGAUGUAGGGAGAAAAGGAGGGGGCCAAUCAACAAAAGUCGUGUUUUACAAUACAAAGUUGGGGGAUUCUUGAGGUAGCAAGCAGCGAGGUGUUUUUAAAAGAGCGUGUUUUGAUAAAAGUUGUAGAGAAGGGCAGAGAAAGUGUAUACUUCAGAACGAGAGCCAGGAAAAGGGGAAGGGCCUCGGUCUCCUCCUCUCCAGCUGACAAAAACAGCUGCCCAGGAGAACGGAGGUGGAGAAGACGACUCACAGGGUGAACGGACGGAGAGAAGAGACCCGACCACCUAUAUGGGUUGUGUCCUGAGCUCAGAUUGGUGUGGGGAAGGAGAGGUGCAACCGGUGCCGGUGGUCCAAAGUUCGUCUCUGAAGAGAAGGAGUCUGGAGAGGAGUGACAGCAGUAGGAUGAGGCUCGCUAAGGCAGUGAAGGGAGAGCCCCAUGUCUUCAAGGAAAAGACGUUCAAGAAGAAACGGCAGUGCAGCGUGUGUCGACAGAACAUCGACAACGUGGGCUCCUUCUGCAGAGUAUGCAAGACAGGCACCCACAGGAAGUGUGAGGGCAAGGUAAGAGUCAUCCACAAAGACUUUGCAAAAUGGUUGAAGAUUUAAAUGUCAGUGAGUAAA